AUAAUACACAAAACAUUACUCGUUAGGCCCCAAAAUGGUCCGUCAACUCGAAUCCAAUCAUGACUUUGCAUACCAAUUUGAACGCUUCUUGGAUAAUGCUAGCUGUAUUACCUCCAUGAAGCUGUCUUACAGAAAUCGCUGUCAUAUGGCGAGAAAAGUGACUGAUUGCAAGAAGUUCAGUAACUUUUUCAACUACUUCGAGAUAAUGUAUUGCACCUUUACCAUCAAACACGAGUUCACCGAGUUUUGUGUGAUGCUACUUUUCGCAAUAAUCUACGGUGCAUUUCUCUGUAUACUUUAUAUGACCAUUAAUGAGUUUUAUAGUCCGACUCUCAAAAUAUUCGCCCUAAAAUUGCGCAUGAAUGAGUACAUGGCAGGAGUCCUUCUUGUGGCCAUUAGUAACUCCACUCCCGACCUGUUGGUCAACUUUGCGUCGUCCCGGAGUACAGCACCAACCAUGAAUGCGGUCAUGAGCAAGGUCUUGACCAUUAUCCUUUUGAGUGGUGGAACUAUCUGUUUCAUUCGACCAUUUACAAUGAAUGGAUGCCACGUCGUUCGAGAUCUCCUGUUUUUAUUGUUAGCCAUUGAAUUGUCCCGAUAUUUUAUAAUCCGCACAGAUUUCGCAUCUUGGAUUCAGGGUGCCAUACUGCUGAGUAUUUAUCCCCUCUAUAUUGCUAUAAAUAUAAUAGAUUUAAUCCUAUUGCGACAUACUAUCAGAAAACUUCGUUCUGAGAUUUCUAUAUUAAGCAAAGGGCUUAACCCAGUUAACCAUCGAUUGGACGAAGAACUGAUGAAAAAGAUUCGUUUAUUGAACAAGCUCGAGGAAGAAGACGACAUCAAAGUCCAUGAAUCCUACAAGUCCCCUUGGAGAACUGGUUUAUUUAUUACUCCAAAGGCUCUGUAUCAUCGCAGGAAAGUCGAUGUAAAUUCAAACAGAAAUGCGCUUUAUAACAAGGCCAAUCCCAAGAAUCUCUUUCUUUUCGAGGAAUUCCUUCAGUCCAUCAAUCCCAUUGACAAGGAGAAGUGGGAAUUAAAUGGGACGUUUUGGCGUGCAGUAUAUAUUUUAAGGAGUCCCAUAGUUCUCUUCCUUCUUAUGCUGAUUCCCAAAGUAAGCUAUGAGUCGAUCAAGCAUGGAUGGUCCAAAAUGCUUAAUUGCUUGCAAAUCGUCUUAAAUCCUUUUGUGGCAUCUGUGCUCGUUGAAACCAUGGUUUCUGGAACAUUCAAUAACUUUCAUCUGCAAGUUAGGUAUUCAUUUGCCGUUUCAACAUUGUUCAUAACCAUUCCAUUGGCUUUGGCUAUAUUUUACCAUUCACGCACAGAUAUCCCGCCGCCCUAUCAUAUUGUCUUCAGUGUUCUGACUUUGUUUAGCGUUUUGAUUGUCGUGUUGAUUUGUUCCUGCGAGAUGGAAGUCCUCGUUUCGAUAAUCGGUGUUGUAUUUAAUUUGUCGUCCAACUUUAUGACUAUAACCUUUUCAACCAUUUCCGCUGUGCUAGCCGACAUCCUGGCAUAUGCCCACCUUGCGAAGCAGGGCUAUGGAAAAAUGGCAUUUGGAGCUGUAAUAGGUGGAGGAAUGUUUACUGUUGUGGUUACAAUAGGAGUCGAGAUGCUAAUACGAAGUCAAAAGACCUGGAACAUUGGCUAUUAUCAAGUUGGGUCCAACCUGAUGGGCGAACAGGGUGAAAAUAUGUACAUAUUUCUAAUCAUAACAAUUGUCUGCACCUUCUGGUGGAGUGUGACCUUUAACUUUAGUGCCCGCCGUUCUGCUGGCAUCUUCAUGCUGAGUCUGUUUGUCCUCUACAAUGUGUACAUGGUUUGCGUCGAAUUCGAGCUCAUCCACGAUUUCGGGGACGAUGAAUUCCUGCCCUUGGAAGGCACCAACUAA